AUGGGCGCGCGCGUUGCGCGGGGAGCGUGGGCCCUCAGCCGGGCCGCGGGCGGCUGCCGGGCGGCCUCGAGCUUCCAGGCGCCUCCGCCGGGCGCCGUGGACGUGGCGGAGCUGCUGCGGGAGGCGGCGGGGGGCGAGGCCCGGGCGAAGGCGGCGCGGCGGCCGCCGGACCGGUGCUCCGUGCUGCUCUUCCCCGGGCAGGGCAGCCAGGCGGUGGGCAUGGGCCGCGGCCUGCUCGGGUACCCGCGCGUCCGCGAGCUCUACGCGGCCGCCAGCCGCGUGCUGGGCUACGACCUGCUGGAGCUGAGCCUGCACGGCCCGCAGGAGGACCUGGACCGCACCGUGCACUGCCAGCCCGCCGUCUUCGUGGCCUCGCUGGCUGCCGUCGAGAAGCUCCAUCACCUGAAGCCCCAGGUCAUUGAGAACUGCGUUGCGGCUGCUGGAUUCAGUGUGGGGGAAUUUGCAGCCCUUGUGUUUGCUGGAGCCAUGGAAUUUUCUGAAGGUCUGUAUGCUGUGAAGGUCCGAGCCGAGGCCAUGCAGGAAGCUUCGGAAGCCGUCCCCAGUGGGAUGCUGUCAGUCCUUGGCCAGCCUCAGUCCAAGUUCGCCUUUGCCUGUUUGGAAGCCCGGGAGCACUGCAAGUCUUUGGGCAUAGAGGACCCUGUGUGUGAGGUCUCCAACUUCCUCUUUCCUGACUGCAGGGUGAUCUCUGGACACCUAGAGGCUCUUCAGUUUCUCCGGAAGAACUCCUCUAAGUAUCACUUCCGGCGCACCAAGAUGCUGCCAGUGAGUGGUGCCUUCCACACGCGCCUCAUGGAGCCCGCCGUGGAGCCCCUGGCCCGAGUUCUGAAGACCAUCGACAUGAAGAAGCCUCUGGUGGCUGUGUACUCCAAUGUCAGCGGGAACCGGUACACGCACCCCACGCACAUCCGGAAGCUGCUGGGCAAGCAGGUGGUGUCCCCGGUGAAGUGGGAACAGACCAUGCACGCCGUUUACCAGAGGAAGAAGGGCGCCGCGUUCCCCAGCACGUUCGAGGUGGGCCCCGGGACGCAGCUGGGGAGCAUCCUGAGGAGCUGCAACAUGCAGGCCUGGAGGUCAUACAGCCACGUGGAUGUGAUGGAGGGCAGCCAGGACCCGGAGCCCGGCACCUCCGAGGCUCUGCACUGACCCAUCUGCAGGCUGGCUGAAGAUGAGACAGGCUGUGGGAGACGCAGGGUGCAGCCACAGAACAGUGCCAGGGAUGAUGUCUCAGGUGACCUGGCCCAGCCCCCCUGGAAAACGUCCAGGUGCUGCUGGGGAUGUGCUUCACCCUGCCUGCCCACCUGCCUUGGGCUGCACCACUCCUGGCAGUGGAUCUGAAGGGCUGGCCCCGCGCAGCUGCCUGUGUGCCCUGGGCAUGCUGCACCAGAGGGACACCACUGCCCCUCCGCCUGCAGGCUGCCCAGGUCCAGGGCUCCUGUGUCCUGCAUCUAAAGGUGUUAGGAGACGGGCAUCAGUGGCUCAUGCCUGAAUCCUAACAAUCAGAAGGCUGAAAUCUGAGGAUCAUGGUUCAAAGCCAA